GGGUGGCCCCUCCCGGCGCAGAGGGUUUGUUUGCGGCCGCCCGACGGUGGCGGACGGAGCGCUGGGGAGAGCUGGGCCGAGCCGAGCCGAGCCUCCGCGGGACGGGCAUGAGGAGCGGCGGGACGCGGAGCCGCCAGCGCCCCCCGCCCGGGGCCGGUGCGCCGUGGGCAGCCCGGCGGAGCCCGCCGGUUCGCGGGCCCUGAGGCGCCAGUGACCAGCGGCUGGCCCCCGGCGACCCGUCGCCGCUCGGUUACGACGCUGCCUGCCCGCCCGCCCGCCCCGUCCCGCGGGAGCCGUCUGAGGGGAGACCUGGGCUAUGCGGUGGUGGCUGCGCGCCGCUGUCCUCAGCCUGCUCGCCGGCGCCGGCUCUGAGGGCAGCGGCCAGAGCGAGUCGCGGGCCGCGGUGGGGCGGGUUGGGGAGAGCACAGUGCUGGGCUGCGACCUCCUGGACGCCCACGCGGCCCGUCCCCCGCUCUACGUGAUCGAGUGGGUCCGCUUCGGCUUCGUCCUCCCCAUCUUCAUCAAGUUCGGGCUCUACUCGCCGCGGGUGGACCCGGAGUACGUCGGUCGUGUGCGGAUCGAGGAAGGCGCCUCGCUGCGCAUUGACCUCCUGCGUGCCGAGGACCAAGGCUGGUAUGAGUGCCGUGUGCUCUUCCUCGACCGGCACAGCACCGACGCAGACUUCCAGAACGGCACCUGGAUCCAUCUCACUGUCAAUGCACCUCCCACCUUCCUGGAGACCCCCCCGGCAUUUGUGGAGGUGCGGGACCGGGACACACUGAGCCUUACCUGCAGAGCUGUUGGCAACCCCCAGCCUGUUGUCAUCUGGAAGAGGAGCGACCUGGCUGUCCAGAGCGAGGACACAGUGCAGGUAAGGAAUGGGACGCUGAGCAUCGCCAUUGUGGAGCGCGCCAGCGCAGGCACCUACACCUGCCAUGCUUCCAGCAAGGAGGGUACCAUCACCCACACCACCCGCGUUCUUGUGCAGGGUCCACCCGUCAUUGUGGUGCCACCCCAGAACAUCACCGUCAACAUCUCCCAAGAUGCCUUUCUGGCGUGCCAGGCUGAGGCAUACCCAGGAAACCUCACCUACACCUGGUUCCAGGGCAGCAGCAACGUCUUCCACCUCAGUCAUCUCCAGGCUCGGGUCCGCAUCCUGGUGGACGGGAGUCUCUUGCUCCAGCAAACGACCCCAGAUGAUGCUGGCAAAUACACCUGCAUCCCCAGCAAUGGGCUGUGGAAGCCGCCUUCUGCCUCAGCCUUUGUCACAGUGCUGUAUCCAGCACAGGUGACCACCAUGCUCCCAGAGACCUACUUGCCCAAGGGGAUGCAGGGUGUGAUCCGCUGCCCCACCAGGGCCAACCCCCCACUGCUCUCUGUCAGCUGGACAAGGGACGGGCAGCCACUGGAGCUGGACAAGCUCCCUGGCUGGUCUGCAAGAUCAGACGGCUCCAUUGUCAUUGCAACGGGGAACGACGAUGUGCUGGGAGUGUACACAUGUACCCCAUACAACAGCUACGGCACAGCCGGCGAGUCCCAGCCGAUGCGUGUCUUGCUCAAGGACCCCCCCACCUUCACGGUGCGCCCCAAGGAGGAAUACUUCCAGGAGGUGGGCCGGGAGCUGGUGAUCCCCUGUACAGCCCAUGGGGAUCCCCCACCCACCAUCACCUGGCUGAAGAUGGGCAGCAUGGGGAAGAGUGGUGCCCAGGUGGAUGCGAACAACAGCCUAGUCUUCCGCCCACUUGUCAAGGAGCAGCACGGGGUCUGGGAGUGCACGGCCACCAACCAGGUGGCCAGCGUCAGCACUGCCACCUCUGUCCAUGUGCUGGGUACCAGUCCUCAUGCUGUCACCAAUGUCUCUGUGCUCCCGCUUCUGCUGGCAGCCAACAUCUCCUGGGAGCCAGGGUUUGAUGGAGGCUAUUUCCAGAGGUUCAGCGUCUGGUACACACCACUGGUGAAGCAUCCGCCCCGGGCUCAUCAUGACUGGGUGUCGCUCUCAGUGCCAGUGGGGGCUCAGCACCUGUUGGUGGAGAAUCUGCAGCCAGACAUGAGCUACCAGUUCAGCGUCCUGGCUCAGAACAAGCUGGGCAGCGGUCCCUUCAGCCAGAUUGUCACCUCCGUGCCCAGAGGCUUCCCAGUGACCACAGUGCCUCCAGACCCACCAGCCAUGACCAUGCGCGUCUUCCUGUCCCCGCCGCAGGCUCUGACCGCCAACGAGACUGUGCGUGGGGUCCUGCUGCAGUGGGAGCCCCCGGCUCAGUUCUCGGUGGCGCUAAGCGGCUAUGCACUGGAGCUGCGGCAGGACAAGGGUGGCUGGGAGGUGCUGGACCGCUCCAUCCCCAGCACGAAGACCCAGGUCCUGGUGCCAGGACUUAUCAAGGACGCCUUCUAUGAGUUCCGACUGGUGGCCUUUGCUGGCAGCUACAUCAGCAAUCCCAGCAACACAGUGAACAUCUCCACAGCAGGCAUGGAGGUGUAUCCGUCUCGCACCCAGCUGCCAGAGCUCCUGCCACAGCCAGUGCUGGCUGGGGUCAUCGGGGGGAUCUGCUUCCUUAGCGUGGCUGUCAUCUUCAGCACCAUGGCUGCCUGCAUCAUGAACCGCCGGCGUGCCGCCCGCAUCCAGAAGCGAAGGCAAGAUCCACCACUCGUCUUCUCCCCCAGCAAGAAGCUUCCACCUCCACAUAAUUCUCCUGGCUCUGGUAGCCCAGACAGCACCAUGAAGCUGAAGCUGCACUCAUCAUCCUACCGGAGCCUGCACCGGAUGCUGCUGUGGGGUGAGAAGGCUGGCACCAGCCUGGGUCUCAGCAUCGCUGGGUCUGGCUCCCAGUACACUGUGUAUGAGAGCCACGUCAGGGAGCACAUGCCCCUGGAGCGGAUUUGCCGUGGCCCCGAUGGGCGCUUCGUGGUGGAGACCAACGCACAGCCACAGGAGAGUGGCAUUGGGGAGCUGCCCUAUGCCGAGCCAGAGCCAUGCCCCCAGCAGGACCCCGCAGGGCCACAGCCCGAGCCCUACCUCCAGCUGCCCACAGUGGAGGAAAAGGAGCCCAUCUGCUGUAAGGGGGUCUCACUGCGCCCCCGGCCCACGGGGCAGGCCCGCCAAGGAGCCUGGGCUGCCAGCUACCGCCAGGGCCGCUACUUUGGCUAUGGCAGCAGCAGCCCAGUGGAUGAGGCUGCAGCACUGUGCAUCAUCAACAUCAGCCCUGUGGCCUCUGCCUCAACUCUGCCUUACAGCACCAUGGAGGAGCUGCGUGACAGCUCCGACAGCACCGGGCCCUGCCAGAGCACUGCCAGCGCCCUGUGGGACUCUCUACCCCUCGAGGGUUCACCCCGACUGCCCCUCAACACCCCAGCCCCCCCCAGCCUCGGGUGCAGCCAGCCGUCAGCUGGCUCCCUGGCCCAGAGCGGGAUCCUCCAGUACCUAAGCCUGCCCUUCUUCAAGGAAAUGUGCGUCGAUGGCGACUGGACGCCCCCAGAGGAGCCAGCAGAGCCUGGCCAUGCCAGCAGCCCCCAGGAGCCUGCCAGCAGCCUGCCACCUGCCCUGCCAGGGGCUGGGGGCUCCCCCCAGCACAUGAGACAGACACUGUGCCCGGACUGCACUGACAUGUGUGCCAACGCCACCUCCCCCGCAGCCACUGCUUUCCUCCAGCCCCCUAGGCUGCCCGUGGGUCCUGCCAAGGCCUCGCUGCCCGGCACUGCUGCUUGGCCUGGCUCCCCCAGCCCUGGGGCCAGCCUGCGACCCCCGCCCCAGCUGGCUCACCACCUCCCCUCUGGCAGUGGCAGGACUGAGGCCAUGCCCUUGGCCAGCACUGCAGAGCCCGGCUGGGCACCAGGCAGGCCACCAGAUACUGCUGCCCUGGAGAAGUUGGUGCGGGGCAGUUUGACCAGCCAGAGCAGUGGCCGGGGCAGUGCCUCCUUCCUGAGGCCCCCCUCGCUGGCACCAUCGCUGGGGGGCAACUGCCUGGGCACCCCCAUGGGGGACAGGGGCAGUUGGCACAGUGGAGGCUCAGCACCAGAGGAGGGCAGGGCAAGGAUGGAUCCAGCCCUUGGCGGCGCUGGAAAGAGGAGGAACACCUCGGUGGAUGAGAACUACGAGUGGGAUGCAGAGUUUGCCCUGGAGUCGGACAUUCUGGAGGCACUGCAGCUCUACCGCGGUGGGAACCCAGCACGGCCCGUCUCCACCAUCGCUCUGCGUGACUUGGAGCGGCAGAAGCCUGGCGGCGGCUCCUCCCCGGUGAGCUCGGUGUCGGCGGAGGCGCUGGUGUCGGCGGGCAGCCCCGUGGAGUAUGGAACGGCCCUGUGCCAGGAGCUGGCAGCGUUCCGGCGUCGCAGGGAGGCGGCCCAGCAGCGACAGCAGCAGCUGGGUGCCCGAGGGUGCGGUGCCGAGCGCUUCGAGCUGGCCACGCUGCUCUAGGGACCCCCUGAGACCGCCCGGGCCGGGAGAGAAGGAUGUUGGGGUGGAAUAAAGCCGCGUGAGAGCAGCA